GUCGUCACUCGCGUCUGGCUACCAGCUCCCCGCUGCCCUGCGCACGGCGGGCUGGCAUCGGGCCCGGGGAAAGCGGAGCAGAUCUACCGGGCCGAGUGUCGCGGCGGCACCGAAUCAGAAGGAGAGGCAAGGAUAGGCCCAGAAAAACAACCAGAAAAAAUAUCUCAUCAUGGCAAAUAUCCGCCAGGAAAACGAAGAAAUGGAGCAGCCUCUGCAGAAUGGAGAGGAAGACCGCCCUUUGGGAGGAGGUGAAGGCCACCAACCUGCUGGAAACAACAGACGAGGACAGGCUCGCAGACUUGCCCCUAAUUUUCGAUGGGCCAUACCGAAUAGGCAGAUCAAUGAUGGGAUGGGUGGAGAUGGAGAUGACAUGGAAAUGUUCAUGGAGGAGAUGAGAGAAAUUAGGAGAAAACUUAGGGAGUUGCAGUUGAGGAAUUGUCUGCGUAUUCUUAUGGGCGAGCUGUCUAAUCACCAUGACCAUCAUGAUGAAUUUUGCCUUAUGCCUUGACUUCCUGCCGAUUUCCCAUGAGAUUAAUACUGUGAUUCCUGCUGUUUUCGUUUUCCUUGCAUUUUCCUGAUAUGCCUUUUACUGAUCUGUUGCUGUAAACGUUGUGUUAUUUCCAUGUGUCAAGUGGGUCUUGUGUUGCCAGCUUCUAAUUGGAAAUUGCCUUUGCACUCAGUGUAAGUUUCUGUCAACGGUAGAAUUUCACCCAUUUGCAUGGAAAAAAUGUAAAGUUAAUAAAGCAAUUAAAAAAGCAAUCUAUACAUUUAUUUGUCUCACUAAAAUGUUUUAUAUAUAUAUAGGUAUAUACAAACAUAUGAACCAAAAAAACCCCCUAAAUACAC